AUGGACGGACAGCGACCAGCUUCACAGAAGCUUCCUGCGGGAUUAGCAGGGGUACUGAACCCAGACGAAAACCGCGACUCGGCUUAUUAUUCGAGUACAGAUGCCUCAAGCAAGCAUAACUCUGCGGCAUCAGGCGUUGUGCAUCACGCCCUCAGCCCCACGGGGUCGGGCUACCAAUCUUCGCUGGCAGACAAGACACCUUCGCCUGUCACGGCUAACAUGAUCCCUCAGCUGGUGUCGCCUGGGCAGAGCAACAUGAGCGUCGCCGCCAUGGUAUCGCCAACAACCCCCGGCAGUGCUGACCCGCGUCGAUUCGAGCGCCCGACAUCCCUGGAUUCUGGAGUGGUUCACGACAUCAUGGGGCCUGGAUCUCGAAGAGAGAGUGUGGACAGCCGGAUAAAUCAGGGUUUUCACGACAUGAGAUUGGGCGGGAACUCGCCCUACGCUAGUCACAACCAGUCGACUACUUCAAUUCAGAAUACUCUCAACCAGCAGCGCAACCCUCGCCCCGGUUUGGACAAUCUUUCCGUACACCGUAUCUCCAAUGGAUACCAGCCCAGCAGCGACAGGAACCCCGAGCACCCAAAGAUCAUCCGCACCGCACCGGCCAUCACAGGCCCCGCGACGAGCAACAUCGCCCGAGCUGCGGAGCCCACCAAGGGUCAGGCGUGGGCUUUCCCAGAGGAAGAGAUACAACGAAUCAGCCACCACGAGCAAUAUCUGGACUCGAGACGUAGCAGUAUCGCCGAGUCCAUAGCUAGCAGCCAGUUCACCACGGAAUCGAGACUACCGCCUGGCCAAAGACGUUUGGACGAGCCUGCCGACUUCAACAACCGUCUAUCAAGCACCUCUUCCGACUUCCCUCCGGUUCACCACCACUCGUUGCAGCACAAGCAAAUUGGGGAUUUGCGCGACGACGACGCAGCCUCGCGGACGGGCUCACAACCCUACAGCCGCACGCCCGAGCUGCGUAAGAGUCACAAGUUGGCGGAACGCAAGAGAAGGACUGAGAUGAAGGAAUUGUUCGAUCAACUGCGUGACUUGAUGCCACAGGAACGAGGUUCAAAAGCCUCCAAGUGGGAAAUUCUUACCAAAGCCAUUUCCGAGCAUCAACGAAUGGCAGACGUCAUGCGCAUGGUGCAGUCGCAAAACACAACGUUGGCUCAGGAAAACGACGGUCUCCGACAAGACAACCACAACUUGCGUGUAGACAUUCAGCGUCUCCAGAAUGAGUUGCACAACACGAGGCUACAGCAAUCCCCCACAGGCCAGGCGCCGCCUCAAUCUCAAAUCCCUCCCCCCCAAGCGGUAGGGUAUCAGGCGGAUCCUUACGCGGCUCGCCGUGAGUUGCCGCCAAUCCGAGGGCUAAACGGCAACAUGCCCAACCCCGACUCCAUGACGGGCGUCCAGUACGAGGCUCCCAGAGUUAACGGCUAUCGUCCCGAGAGGCAGUCCAUCCGUCGCACGGCCACUCGCGCCGCCUUCACCAGCUCGGUCGCCGCCGCCGCUGCGCCCAAGUCGCAGACCGUCUCCUUUGCUCUGCGCGCCCUGAACGCCGCUGCCGCCGCCAGAUCCUUCUCCGCCGCGGCGCCGAGAGCAUUCUCCCGUUCCAUUGCGUUCCGUGAAGAUGACCAAGCCGAGGGAGCCAUCCGCCGUACCGAGCAGAGGGGCCGGAGACAGGAGCCCAGCGACAACGUCCUCUUUGUCCAAAACUACUCUUUCGAUGUCAAGCCCGAGGAGCUGAGCGAGGCUUUCUCCAAGUACGGCGAGGUUGUCGGCGUUUCGAUGCCUCCUAAGAAGAGCUACUGCUUUGUCUACUUCAAGACCCCCGAGUCCGUGAAGGAGGCUGCCGAGAACGUCGACGGAACCUUUUGGCACGGCCGCCGCAUCGUUGCCAAGGCCCGCGACGCAAACGCAAGCAGACCCGCCAGGGAAAGUCGCGGGAGAAACAACGACAACAAAGCGACCAGAAAGAGCGUCUACGACGGCCCUCCCACAGCGACCGUCUACGUCGGCAACAUCUCCUUCGAGGCCUCAGAUAAAGACAUGAACGACCUCUUUGCCAACCUCGAGGGCGUCAAGGACGUCCGCGUCGCCGUGGACCGCGCGACGGGCUGGCCGCGCGGUUUCGCCCACGCCGACUUCCACUCCGUCGAGGCGGCGACGGCGGCCCUGGAGGUCCUCAGCCAGACUGAGAUUCACGGCCGCAAGCUGGCUACCGGGUACGCCCCCGGUUCCACCCCUCGUCGCCGCAACGACAGGGACUCGUCGAAGGAGGUUGAGGAGCGCGUCGAGAGCGAGCACGCCCAGGCUGAGGAGGCGCAGAAGGAGACGAAGCCCGAGGCUGGCGUACAGCAGAACAACUGGAAUGCCUAA